AUGACGUAUUGGCGUGGACCUAGGCGUGUUGCUAAUCCAUUGAAAUAUAAAGCAAAUUUAAGAACUUUCAAGCGAAGAUUAUCUUUCCGUCAAGAAUUUUUGCUAACAUUAAUGAAAUUAAGACUAGGCUUGUUGUCGGAAGAUCUAUCUGAUCGAUUUGGUAUAUCCACAGCAACAGUUUCAAGUGUCUUUACAACAUGGAUAAGAGUGCUUUCCAGUAUACUUGGACAAUUUGUUUCUAACCCUUCAAAAGAGGUUGUAAGGGCAGGUUUACCACCAUCAUUUAAAAACAAUAGGUACCAAGAUGUUCGUCAUAUUAUAGACUGUACUGAGGUUUUUAUUGAAAGACCAAAUAAUUUAGAAGUUCAGGCCCUUACUUGGAGUGACUACAAACACCACCAAACAGCAAAGUUUCUAGUUAGUAUCACUCCAUCUGGAAUGAUUAAUUAUGUUUCUCAAGCAUAUGGAGGAAGGGCAGGUGACAAAUUCAUAACCAACAACAGUGGGUUUCUACAAAUCAUAGAGCCUUAUGAUAAGGUUAUGGCCGAUAGGGGUUUUCAGAUUAGAGAAGAACUUGCACUACUCUCGGCUAAACUGUUAGUGCCCCCUGGUAGACGUGGUGUGUCUCAAAUGUCUAAGAAUGAGGUACAAUUUACGAAAGAUAUUGCAAACAGACGCAUUCAUGUAGAACAAGCAAUAAGAAGAAUGAAAUGUUUCAGAAUUCUUAAAUUUGAGUUACCUUUAACACUUUUGCAGCAUUUAGAUGAAAUUAUUAGGUCAAUAGCAGGUCUUUGUAACCUGUACCCCCCUUUACCACGAUAUGAAUAA